AUGAGGUACUUGCUUGUCCGCCGGCUACUUUAUGCGGUACACCUGCGUGAUGGUCACCUGGGAAAGCCCGGAAGGGUUGUGUGCGGUUCUGUUGUGUUAUGUUAUGUCUGGUGCUACCGCUGCUGUGCUAGCCGCAAGAGAAGAAACGUGUCAGCAGUUCCAACGGCUCCUCGAGCCUUCUUCCAGCCUCUCAGUUCGCGCCUUGCCUGCCUUGGGUUCAGCGAGCAGUGCAGACAGUGGGAUAAGCGACAGUUGGCACUGAGCCGGAUCAGCGAUGCACCUGACUUCACCUGA